AUGGCACGAUAUACGUACAUGACGACGCCCCUAUCCCUCUCUUUCACUCUAGCCAUCUUAUCCUCCUCCUUCACGCUCGCAUCCGCAUCACCACAACCACAAACCCCCCUAUGGACCUCCGUCGACCCCCUAAUCGGCACCCUCGGUCCCCGCCCGGGCUCCGCCAUCGCAGGCGGAAACUCCUUCCCCGGCGCCAGUCUACCCUGGGGCAUGGCCAAACCUGGCAUCGACACGAGUUAUCUGGGACUGCGCGAGGGCACGGCCGUGGAUGCGAAUGCGGGGUAUACGCCCUUGGGCAAUGUGACGGCGGUUAGUAUGACGCAUGUUAGUGGGAGUGGGGGGGCGCCGACUUAUGGAUUGAUAUCGCAAAUGCCUCUGCUGGGUAAUCUCGCGCAUGUCAAUCUCGCAGACAACACCACCUACGCCACGAACCGCAGUUUGAGCCAGGAAACCGCAACCGUCGGUCUCUUCACAACCGUGCUGCUCAACGGUGUCAAGAUUGAAAUCACAGCGGGUAACCACACGGGAUUCAUGCGGUAUACCUUCCCCGCUGCCUCUUCAGCCACAAACACCGCGCAUGACAAUUCCACCUCAUUCUCAACCAACGGUCCCAUAACCAACGGCCAAGAACCCAGCUUGGCCAACAACGACAUCCACAUCCUCGUCGACCUAACCCACGUCCUCCCAGCCUACGCCGCACAAUCCUACUCGCAAAAAUUUCUCCGUGGAGACUUGCACAUCCGCUCCCCCUCCACUUCCUCCCAACCCUCCUAUUACGGCUCCGCAUCUUACACUGGCGGCUGGUCCCAACCCGACACCCACACCCUCUUCUUCUGCGCCAACUUCAGCGUCCCGCACACGUCCGCCCCGCUGUCCCGGACAUCUGCCUACGUGCAGCAGAAUACGCGAGAUGCCGUCGACGGCGCGGGCACCUUUAGCUGGGCGUAUAACCCGGUUGUGCCACCGGCGUUUGGCGCGCGUCCUGCGCCCCGUAGUUUCCGCGAUAUGAGGAGUUUUGCGGGGAGUGGGAUGGGGAUUGGCGCUUUGUUUAGCUGGAGGCGGGAUGGGGAUGGGCCUGGUUUGGGAUUGCGUGGGAGUGCCAGUGCUAAUGCCAAUGCAACUUUUGCGGGUAGUGCACAAGUAGAAGCCAAGGUAGGGAUAUCCUACAUCAGUGCCGAACGAGCGUGUAGACACAUCGAGGCCGAGUUGCCGCUCUCCAAGUCGUUUGAGCAAGUCGUGCAAGGUGUGCGGCAGGAGUGGGAGGACAAGAUAUUGAGCAAAGUGCGGAUUGAGCAGGAUGGACAUGCGACGAGUGGGAAUGCGACGUUGAAGCGCAUGUUGUAUUCCGCGCUGUAUCAGACGGGCUUGAUGCCGACGGAUAAGACGGGGGAGAAUCCGCGAUGGGAGUCUGGCGAGGGGAAACCAUAUUACGAUGAUCAUUAUACAUUGUGGGAUACAUACCGCACCCUUCUCCCUCUAUACCAUUUGCUCUUCACAAACCCCUAUUCCCGCAUCCUCUCCGGCCUCAUCUCCAUCUUCACACACGAAGGCUAUCUCCCGGCCGGACGUGCGGCGAACUGGAACGGCAGGGUGCAAGGCGGUACGCACGCCGACAUUGUGCUUGCAGACGGGUACGUCAAGAGCGUGCGUUCGCUGUCUGGACAGCAGGGGCGCGGGGAACUUGAUGCAGACAUCGAUUGGCAAGAAGCAUACCGUGGUGUGAUGAAGGAUGCCACGCAAAUGCCCGAACACAAUGUCGAUCCUGUGACGUUUGAUGGCGCAACAAAGGAAGGACGAGGGGCGCUGGAUGACUAUCUCAAACUGCACUACAUUACUCGUAAUCAUACAAGAAGUGUGUCGCGCGGAGUGGAGUAUCCUCAAAAUGACUUUGCCAUCUUCAGCAUGGCUACGGCUCUCGGCAUGCCCAACAGCAGUAUCUCGCAGUUAAAGGACCGAGCUUCCUGGUGGCGGAAUCAGUGGAAUCCUGACGCAAACACGACCCUCGACGGCUACGGCACUUUUACAGGUUUCCCUGCGCCCAGAAACGCAGACGGGAGCUGGAAUCUCACGGCCUACGAUGCACGAAGUUGUGGGACCUGCGGCUGGGACGCCGACGUGUACGAGGCCAAGAUCUGGGAAACGGCGUUUGGCGCGGCGCCGCACGACAUGGCCAAGCUGAUCGAGCUCAUGGGCGGCGAUGAAGCGUUUGUCCGGCGAUUGGAUGCUAGUUUCGUUCCGGGAUUUGGCACGAGCGUGGGCGCCAAUAACGAUGCUGGAUCUGCGCUGUUCAACCCGGGCAACGAGCCUUCGUUCCCCACGCCUUUCUUGUACAAUUAUGUACCAGGCAUGCAUUGGAAGACGGUCAACCAGACGCGUAGUACAGUGGAUGCCUUCUACAGCGAUGCUCGCAACGGAUACCCGGGUAAUAUCGAUGGUGGAGCGUUGCCCAGUUGGCUGAUUUUCAAUCUCAUGGGGAUCUUUCCUGUGCCGGGACAACCGCUGUAUCUGCUUUCUGCGCCCAGGUUUUCGCACCUGAAGAUUACGCUUUUUGGUGGGACGCAGGCGGAGACAGAACUAGCGAUCAUGGCGAAGAAUCUUUCCGAUUCGUCCUUUUAUCCGCAAAGGGUCCUUUUGAACGGACAGGAACUGGAUCGGGCCUGGUUGAGCCAUGAAGAGGUUGCUGAAGGAGGCGAGUUAGUGUUUGAGAUGGGGAGUGAGCCCAAAAUGUGGGAUACCGGUAGUAGACCGUGGUCUUUGUCGACAUGGGUAUGA